UAUUUUUUGCACGUUAAAAGAGCAGAUCUGUGUUUUAAAAUAUCGUUAGAUAUUGUUUGACAUUAAGGAAAGAAACACGCAGUUAACAAUUUUUAGAAAUGUUAACAUUACUGAGAAACUUCUGCAUAGGAAAUGACUCUGAGGUUAUAUCACCCACAGCUCUGUUUCCUGCGCGGAGAAAUAGCCAGGUCCGUAAUCUGGAUUACAUUGACAGAUUUCUCAGCUAUCAUAUUACAGACAGAAUAAACUUCGGUAUGGACGAUAUAUUGGUACCUGGCUCAACCGUCGACAUGGAAUUUAUUGAACAAAACCCAGAAGCCAUAUUUGAUUUCAUAUCCAUGAAAAGUAUACAAGAACGCUUUGGACAUAUUGAAUCCCCGCGUGGAAGUAUUCAUGACAGAUAUUCCGAAAACGAGGCUGUAUAUCAAAACGAGAUUGAGUUUGAGACUUUUGUCCAGCAGUUUCCUAUUGAUGAUUCUAUUGCCGAAUGUUUUGCCGCAACUAAUGACAGCGUGGCAUCGAAGCAAGAAACCAAGUUUGUAUCUGGAGGCAAGAGACCGCAGGUAGCGACCAAGUACAGCAAGUUAAAGAAGAAAUUCGGUUUUAAAGGUUCUGAUGAUACAAGUUUAUUAUCAGAGGAUGAAGUUAGAUCACGCGAUUCUAAAAGAUCAAAGAAGGGAGGUGGAGUGUUUAGUAAACGGCAUAAAUGGAGAAAUCUCAAUAGUAAGAAGGCUGUCAAUUUCUCAGACCAGUGUGAUAAGUCCGGGUCGGAAACCACCAGUGACAUUGCGAGUUCCAGUCAGCGAACUGGUUCCAACAAUUGUAGCGAUGAUGUGAAUCGCACGGACUCUUGUUCUAUAUCAGAUUCACAGAUCACAUCGUUUUCUGAGACGUUUUCUCAGGAAAUGGACCAAACUGUUCCUGUGAAAAGUAGCCAUCUACCAUGGAAGAUUCCCGAGCGGCAUUCAAGCACACUAAAUAUGAACAUUUACAAAAACAGAAAUUCAAGUCCCAAAGAAUGCGAGCAAGUGCGCGAUAUAUUCACAGAUACUCUGUCAGGGAGUUCCAGUGAUAUUAUGCAGAAAAUUGAAGACAUGCAACCAGGCGAUGUUUUAAAACUACGAGAUCACCAUGGCAACAACUUACUUCAUCGGGCUGUGUUGCUUGGCAACGCAGAUGUCAUCAAGUAUAUCCUAGAGAAGUUUCCGGAAAUGACAUCAGAAAUGAACCUGGAAAAUGAAACUGCCAUAGAAAUUGCAGCAAAGUUCGGUAAAUAUGAUUGCUUGAGUGUGAUUCUUGAAAGAAACCAGAGACGGAAUUCAUCAAGUUUGUCUCUCAUCAACCGUCUCCUAAACGUUUGUGCUCAGUUUGGACAGGCAGAUUGCCUCAGUCUGUUACUGACAUACCUGUCACGUGAUCCUCAAAGCUCGUGCAUGUUGCCUGGAGACUCACGUGGUAACACAGCCGCACAUCUUGCAGCAAGGCACGGGCAUAUCCAUUGCCUACAGGCUUUAGUAGCUGCCGGGUAUGACGUAACUUCCGGAAAUUUAAUGCAACAGCGCCCUCUUCAUGUUGCACAUCAGAGCAGAAGCCAUGCUUGUUUCGAAUAUUUACUUCUUCUUAAUGUAUGUGAAGAAUUAUGGUCAUCACUAAGGACAAACGUGCAUCUAAAUGCAAGGCUGAGUGAGCAGGUGUCUUCAGUGAAGCCAAGUUUAGAACAUGUUAGACUUUGUCUAAAUCGAUACGGUGACUUGUGUUCAGAAACCAGUCAUCUGUUGACGGAAAAUAAGAACAACAUUCUUGAAACGCUCAACAAACUAGAAGAGGACCUGCAAUUGUUUGUCAAGCACACGAGUAUGGACAGUGCCACUAAACGUAAAGAAGCAAGAGACAAGUUAGAAGAACUACGAGGUGAAAUAGAACGUCUCGAAGAUACAUUCGAAUUUUCACCGUUAUCUGAAAUGGAUGAUGCUCUUCUGAAAUUGUUUUCAUCCAUUGAUGAUGUCAUUCUUCCUACGGAUGACCAAAUCAAUAGGGGGGAGAUUGAUGAGAACGGCUCUAAACUGAGUUCGUUAAUUCGAGAUAUCCAUAAAGAAUACAUGUUAGAAAACUGGGAAACGAGUUCCGUGUAUGACAAAUAUUUGAAGGUGAAUAAGAUAUCCACAGAAGUGUUUGCACGUAGUUCUCAUGAGACAAACGUGAAAAAUGAAAAAAUGCAACCAGUAAGUAAAAACACGGAUCAGCCACUCGUAGCAAAAUUGCAGACACCCAACGUGCAGUCAGAUGGAAGGUGCAGUUUAAAAGAAUCGAUGUCAGGUGUACAAAAUGUUAGUGACUCUAUGAGUGAGUGGAAAGAAACUAACACUGCUGAAGAAGACAGAACCAUUUCCAAUAAAACUGAUACAAACUUCAGUACGGAAAGUGACCUACAAACUUGCAACAUGGAAAAUUCUGCUGAUUUAAAAUCACCACAUAUUACUCAGACAAAGAAUACAGCAACCGUGCCUUGUCUACAGUCGGAAGAUGAAUGCGCUGAAACGGAAAUAUCUGUAAAUCAUUUAGUAACAGAUUCAAAAAUUGACAAUGAAAAGACAGAAAACGACUGUAUAGAAAAUGAAAAUCCGACUGAAAGGCCUUUUACGAAGUUGCUUUCUUUGGAUGAGCGAAUUGAUUUGCUUAUAGCAGGAGAGCGAACCAGAGAGAAAGGCUCGGAUUCCGAACACACUAUUUCCUCCAGUGAAAGCAAAGACUCUAAUCCUGAUGUCGGGUCAUUAGGAUCUAUUUAUACAUCUACAUUUACGUCUAUCACUUCAGAGACUUCCGGUGCUUCUGACUGGUACUCUAAACUUGGAUUAACCAGUCUAGAGACAACAUCAAGUGAUGACGUCACGAAUGAUACAACCACGGAUAGUGCUUCUUAUUGGUGGGAUAUAGGAAAUGACAAUCCGGAUGUUGAGUCUCGUAAUUUCAAAGUUUCUUUCCCGUAUGGAAAUGACAUUAGAAGAAAGAUACAUCUAAAUUUAGAAAACGAUGGUUCUACAUUCGACGAACUUAGAGAACAUCGGUUAAGGAGUCAUUUACGAUCAAUGCAGCAGACCCGGUUUUCAAGUGACAACUACCGCGAGCGAAUAACGACAUCUACCGGUGAAAUUAUGGGAGGAUUCCAGCAUCCACAUACAGGCAGUACGGGUGAUGUUACAGCAGUGUCCCGACCUGAGCGGUCCGAACGUCGUGUUAUCGUUGAUGUCAAUGGUGCGCUUCUAAACAGGAAUGCUAGAAGCUUCAAUAAACCAAGACCAAAACCAAGAAAACGAGGAAAACCGCAGUUGUUUACCCUGGAAGACGCCAUAGCAACUAAACCAAUAACUGAGUCCGAGUUUCGUGAGCGCUAUGAUAGACGAUCAGCAAUGACAUCCGGGCCUCUCAACAUGCGCUGGGAAAAUAUGUCUGUUACGGAUGAAGAAGAGGAUAGAAGUAUGACCUGGUCGGACUAUGGGAGAAGCUACAUCUAUGGAAUCCGCAGUGAUACAGACACAACAAGCGGCUCCCAGACACCGCAAAGUUAUGUCUGAAAUAGUCUCUACUUCAACAUCAUAGACAAUUCAACUGUCAUAGAAUAUAAAAUGUUCCAAAGACACCUAAAGCUGAAGAAUGGCAAAAUCCUCCAAGACGUGUAUCAGUUUUUCAACUGACAAACAAACAAAAAAAGAAUAUAUGUAAAAUUGAGCAUUCAUCUAAAAUGAUCAAAUAAAUGUUAUUUUUGCAUAGUUAA